AUGGCUGAAGGGAAGAUUACACCUGCAGGCAAAUCAGACCAACUCCUGGAAAAAAUCCUGCACCUGAAAUUGCUAUCAAGAGAUGUGCUUCAGAAAAGAGAUCUGGAUAAUGAAGGUGUAGUGGAAUAUGUGCUUAGACUGACCUCUUUAACAAAAGAGCUGAGCAGAUCUCUCAGUCAGGAGCUGGAGAACAUUACAGAAAGUAUUCAAGACGUCUGCCACUUGCUGACUGUUCUCCAUGACAAGCACCAGGAAUUGACUUCAAGUCCAGGCAAGGGGGAAUUCAUUCAGUAUGUGCCUAAGAGUGUUCACAUUUUGGCUAGAUUUCAUAGCAAAAUUCAAUUGGUUACCUGUUUUUUUGCCUCAGAGUACAGCAGAAUUAAAGACUGUCUGCAGAAAGUGAAGGAUUGUUUCAUAAAUGUGGUCUUGUACCUUCAAGAGACAGAAAAUAAACUUUAUGCUGCUAACUGCAGACAAGAUGAUGGCUCCCAGAUCCAGACUGCUCAAAAUGCUUCUAAAGAAACAGCUGUGUGUUGCUCUGAAGGAGAAGCAACAGAGCCUGUGCAAGCAUCUUCUAGUCCCGGUCAACAAUCCCAAAGAACUCCUUCUCUGAACAAGACAGAAAGUCAGAAUGUUAAGGAAAUCCAGAAAAACAAAACUAAAACUGUGGAAAAAGAUGUUGUGGCAUCAUUAGCUGAAAACAUAUCUGCUGGAGAACAGCACAUCAACAGAGAACCUCCAAUGAAAAAGAAAGAUGGUGAACACAACUCUGUUUCAGAGAAAAAAGAUUGCAAUAGAAAGAAUAAACUUCAUGAAAGUAGCUCUGCUACUAAAAAUUCUCCAGAACAGGCUUUUCAGCAUGCUCUUACAAGCAGUGAGGAAGGCAAUCUGCCUGAGACACAGGAAGUCAUUUAUGACAGAACUGUCCAGAAUCUUUCAGAACAGGAUAAAAAGGCAAUAGUCAAAGAAUCUUCAAAAAGGGUAGAAAGUGAAGAGCAUAGACUGGCAGAGCAAACUGAAGACAGUAAAAUGAAAACAAAUCCUGAGAUUUGUAGGAAUGACCAAAUUACAUCCACAGCUUCAGCAGAAACAGGUGGUGUUACCACUGUGAAUCCUUCUUUGAAUGAUUCAGAAGAAGUACAAAAAUCUAGGCCCUGGAUGAAGAAAGAAUUUCUAGUGGAAAAGAGUAACAAGAAUCAAUACGAAGUGGCUUGUUUUAUUGAAGCCCCUGCAGCUGCUUUGGAGUACCUGAAGUGUAAGAUAGUCAAUGACACUAGCUCCUUGGUGGUGGAGGAUUCUGAGGAGCUGGUCAGCAACGUCAUCAGUAUUGAAUGCUCUGAUUAUGAGAAAACAAUCCCUUUCCCUAUCAGCAUUGCAAUCCCAUUUACUUCAUGCUACAGAGGAAAUUAUCGGGAGAUUAUGGUGAAGGUGACUGAUGUGAACUUUCAAUCCAACUACUUAACUCCUGUUUCUUUGGAGAGACACCAAGGAAGCCAUAAGAAAACCUUUGCAGAAGUGAAAAUUUACCAGCUGGGUGUAUUUUCUGUGUUGUCAUGUUUAAAGAAAGAAGCAUUUACUGUUCCAGAGGCAGGACUCCCACAAAAGCUGAGUGUGGAUCCUAGAAUCAAUUUCUGUUACCAUCCAGAAACAUUCAGUUCUCCAGCACCCAUGCAGUUAAAGAUUCAGCCAAUUGAGCCAUCAUUGCUUUCGACACUGAAAGCAAGACAGGAUAUGUUCCACUCAGUGAUAUCUACUAGUGCCCUGGUUUAUGUCCAGCAUCCUUCAGCCCAACCAUUUAACAACCCAGUGACUAUUACUCUACCCUGUCCUUCAAACCCAGACAAAAAAAGGCAAGGAGAUGAAACAGAACACACGAGAGCCAUUAGUGCUACAGUAAGGAGGGUUGCUGCAGCAUACCAUCCCUGGGCUUUGAGUGCUUCUAUGCGAAAAAAUGGGGAGAAUCUCAGGGAUACUUUGAAAUUAUUAGGUCACAGAAACAAAGAAGAAGGGUGGAAGGUGUUUGAUGAUGUUAUUAUCCAGUAUGUAAGGAAUGGGCUUGUAUCAUUUCAAUUAAAUGAGCAUUUAGAAAGGUUUGUGGUGAUUCGCCUUUCAUUCCUCUUGGACAACACAUAUCUUCUCCUCUUUGCCCAGGCUCUGGAAGAAGCUCUUUGCAGCACAAUGGCUAAUGUGAUACUGUACCAGAAAAGAGAAAACCCAUAUCAAAUAGUAGUUUUGCUAUCUGCAUCCAAAGAUUUAACCUGUGAGCUUCAAAAUCUCCAUGAGGAGGGCUACUGUGGUCCUCCAGAACCUACUCAGCAGUUCCCAUUAAGAGAAGGAGAGCAGGUUCAUUUUAGAUUUAAAGGCAAUAUUUGUGCUUCAGAGAAUGGAAAAGAUUUUGGAAAAGUCUACAGGUUGAUCUUUCAUUCACAAAGAAAAUCCAGGCUGGAGCUCCAAAUUAAAGAAGUGGAUGAAUUUGGUAACCACAGUUCACCUCAUUACAAAGGAACAGCAGUGUUUUAUAAACUUACCAGAGAGAUGAUAACCAAGGAAUGGGAACAACCCAUGCCAAGUGGUGAAUAUCAACAGCACUCUCUAUUGUGUAAAUUAGCACUAACAUUACCAAAGCAUGAGAAGAUGAUCAACCGCCCACGAAGCACGAAAAGAAUUUCUUCUGAUUCCUCGGAGGCCCUGUGGGACAACUUGCUGUACUGGCUUGCAGAAGAGCUUGCAGAAGAUAAUACAUCCUUGCCUGCUUUGUGCUUACCUGUUCGUCGGAGCGUGCUCCAGCUUGUUAGGCUCAAGUGCCCUGACAAUGUAGCACACCAGAUCUUUGAGCUGUUUUGCUGCUGGCAAAGGACCCUUCCAAGGUCAACUGAUAAACAGCAGCUCCUGUCUCGCUAUUUGCGGAAGAGUGGCAGAAGUGAUCUUUCAGAAGAGCUUCAUUUUAGGUGGCAAAACAAAGUCUUUGCUUGA